GACGACGACAGCGACCCAAGCCACCCGCGCAACUGGCCGCAGCGCCAAAAGUGGAUCAACACCCUCUGCUGCUCCAUGGGUGGCCUCGUCACGCUCAUGUCUGGCGCCAUGCUCGCCCCUGCCCUCGAGCACAUACGCGCAGACCUGCACACGUCGUCAUCGACGGCCAACCUCAUCCUCUCCAUCUAUGUCCUUGCCUUUGGCUUUGGGCCCCUCGUCCUCGCCCCGCUGACGGAAAUCGUGGGCCGGAAGCCGGUCUUUGUGGCGUGCGGCCUCUUCUACGUCUGCUUCAACACCGUCGCCGGCUUCGCACGCACCGUGCCCCUCGUGGCCGUCGCCCGCUUCCUCUCGGGCCUGGGCGGCAGCGCCGAGUUUGCCGUGACGAACCCCACGCUGAGCGACUGCUGGCGACCGUCGGAGCGCGGCUUUUCCUUUGCCCUCUGCAACUUCAUCCCCCUCCUCGGCCCGGCGCUGGGCCCGAUGCUGGGCGGCGUCGUGGCGCAGCACGUGGGCUGGCGCUGGAUCUUCUACCUCAUGUCCAUCCUCGACUUCUGCGUCGUGCUCCUCGUUGGCUGGCUCUUCAAGGAGUGCUAUCCGCCCCUCGUCGUCGGCAGAAGCAACAACAGAGGCAGGGAAAGGGAAGGGGACACGAGCGCCGUCGCAGGCAGUGUCACCAAGCUCAAGCUCAGCCAGGCACUGCUGCGGCCGCUCAAGCUGCUCGCCUUCAGCCCCUUUAUCCAGGUUAUGUCCGUCGCCCUCGCCUACAACUUUGGCGUCCUCUACAUUGCCGUCACCGUCCUUGCCUCGGUGUACAUGGACCGCUUCGGCAUGUCCGAGUCGCAGGCCGGCCUGCACUACGUCGGCCUCGUCGUCGGCUACACGCUCGCCUCGCAGGUCGGCGGCAAGCUCACCGACGUCUACUGGCGCCGGGCCUCGGUGCGCACGCCCGAGUCGCGCCUGCUCCUCGUUGGCCCCGGCUCGCUCCUCGUCGUCGUUGGUCUACUUUGGUGGGGCUGGUCUGCGCAGCACCGCCUGACUGGCUGGGCCAGCGUCGACGUCGGCCUGGGCGUCUUUGGCUGCGGCAUCAUCCUCUCCACCCAGGCCAUGCAGAUGUACGUCAUGGAGUCCGUCGGCUCAGCCUACGUGGCAUCGGCGUCGUCGGCGUCGCAGGUGCUCCGCAACGUCUUUGCCUUUGCGUUUCCCGUCUUUGCCCCCCUGGCCUACCGCCGCCUCGGCUAUGGCUGGGCCAACUCGGUCCUGGCCCUGGCCAUGCUUCUCGUGGCGGUGCCCAUGCCCCUGCUCCUCUACCGCCUUGGGCCGCGGCUGAGG